CGGCUGUGUCGCCACACAUUCACAAUGCUGUUCUUACACCGCCCUCAAACUUCUCCUUAGUGUUUGGGAAAUGCAACACUGCACACAGACAAAGAGAGGCUUCACACACGACGGGCAUUAAAACAAGGAGCUAUGAAUAGAAAAUCGCCUGUUUAGGGAUAAACUUGAUACACUGAUCAGAAGCACUUCAUGCGCCUAUCUCCACUGCCAAGCCGCGCUGAUUUUGUUUUAGCCACCAAAGGAUCGUCUUUAUAUUUUACUCGAUUAUCGACUUAUAAAGCACCUUUUUUGAAAAGCGUGGUGAGGAGCAAUCAAUUCUCAACGUAAAAUCAGAGCAACACAUCAACAAUGGUUGCAACACCAACAUCUGAAGAUCCCACUAAUGUCGGCAUAACAAAACCAACAAAACGUGCCACAAUAGCAAUGGAAGAAGGAAGAUAUGAUGAAGAAAAGGGGGAAGGAAGUAGUAGCAGUAAUGGCGGUGCAACUGAUAUCAAGGAUAGUCAAGAAUCAGGUUUAGCCGGCGCAAAAGGUUCCGAUCAGAAUUCACAACAUCGUUCCAUCGUACGACAAGGGACAGCCGAAUCAAACGUAGAAGGACUAGGAGGACCGGGAAUGGGAUUACCAAGGAGAAUGACAGCAUCAGAGAUAGAAGGUAGAACGUUGAAAAAAUCUUUCACUUCUCUGCUAACGCCACAGCAUCGAUUAAAGCCUGCACCAGGGAUUGGUGAGAGUAUGAUGAACGUGCUAAAAUAUACAUGGCUCAACGUACUGCUUUUGCUCAUUCCUGUCUCUUGGGCUUUGUACUUUGCGCUAGAUCGUGAAUCGAAAGGAGCUUCGCUUGCCAUCUUUUUGACGUCUUUCUUGGCCAUCAUGCCGUUAGCAGGUCUGCUUUCAUAUGGUACCGAAGAGGUCUCUUUACGUGUCGGUCAAACGUUGGGAGGUCUUUUGAAUGCAACUUUGGGAAAUGCAGUAGAAUUGAUUGUUGCAAUCAUCGCACUUUUUCACUGUGAAUUGGUCAUCACACAAACAUCUUUGGUUGGGUCGGUUUUGUCAAAUUUAUUGCUCGUCUUGGGUAUGUGCUUCUUCGUUGGAGGGUUACGAUACAAAGAACAAGAAUUCAAACAAACAGCCGCACAACUAAAUACUGGGAUGCUUACGAUGGCCGUCAUUAGUGUUCUUAUACCCGCUUCUUUCCAUGCAACGUUGGGAGAAGAUAUUCAAGACAAUGUUGAAAGGCCUGAUCUGUUACAAAUGUCGCGCGGAGCUUCAAUUAUACUAUUGAUCAUUUAUCUUGGAUAUCUUUGGUUCCAACUCAAAUCGCAUACCUUCCUUUAUGCAGACGAAAAUGAAGCAGAAGAAGAACCAACUUUGCACAUUUACGUUGCCUGGGGAACACUCGUCCUUUCCACCGUUUUGGUCGGCGUUACUUCUGAAUGGUUGGUUGAUUCUUUAGACGGUUUCACAAGAGGCUAUGGCGUUGGAAAAACGUUUGUCGGUUUGGUCCUUUUGCCGAUCGUUUCCAAUGCAGCCGAACACGUUACAGCAGUUUUGGCAGCACGUCGUAAUGCCGUAGAUUUGGCAAUGGGUGUUGCUGUAGGAUCUUCGAUUCAAAUCGCAUUAUUUGUGAUUCCGCUAUUGGUCAUCAUUGCUUGGAUUGCUGAUAAACCUUUGAGUUUGUUGUUCGAUCCAUUUGUGGCAAUUUUGAUGUUUUUGGCCGUUUUGAUUGUUUCUUAUGCAAUCGCUGACGGUCGUUCGAAUUGGAUGGAAGGAUAUAUUCUUAUGAACGUUUUCGUUCUGAUGGCUUUGGCUUCUUGGUACGUGCCAGAUUUGAACAGCAACAACCCUGCUCAAAUUACCAAAUCUACUUUGUUCCCUGAUGAGUAUUGCAGGAAUCGUGAUUUCUUUGCUAUGCUAGUCGGAGGGGGAGCAGGUUCAGGCUCAGGAUCGGGAUCGGCAUGAUGUACUUUCUUCCAUCCCAUUUCGUCAAUUUUGCUUAUAAUGCCUAUUAAAAUAAUCUCAUGUAAUGUACAUAUAUAUACAAAUUCAUUCAAUCUAGUCACGUAAAUGCACAUU